GUGUUUUACAGCUAAAAUAGGCAGCCGGAAACGUUUCUUUUUACAACAGGACUGUAAAUAUUUACAUUUCAAAUAGAAACGAAUUCAGGAAAUCGCUGCUUAACUUCUUUACAUUUCAAAUAAAUGCUAGAAAGUUAGUUUAUAUGAAUCAGAUUUAGCUAAAAUGGAAGUCGCUUUUAGAAAUUUUUAUUUAUGCAGAACGCAUAUUAGAUUAAGAAAUUUGGAACUUAGUGGUUUGUCUCUACAAAAAAAUUAUGUACGUCAGUUACGUGGUUCUAGAUCGGGGAAAAAUGGUAAAGGAGAUGAUGUUUUUCAAAGCAUUCUGAAAAAUUUAAAAGGACAUUUCAAUAAACCUGCGGUAAUCACAACUGAUCAAGUAAUCAUUAGUGAUGAUCCCUCAAAUGACUCUUCCAAAGUACAGGAGAAAACAAAAGCUUCUGUUGAUGACGUAUAUAAAAAACUUCAAGAAAAAAUAACUCCUUUCAAAGAUGUACGAUAUACUUAUCAAUUAGAGAAAAAAUAUAAAAUGUCGAUUGGAGUACUCAGGUACCUUGGAGAGAAACUACAAGCUUUAAAAGUUCCCAUUGCUUUAGGACAGGAUAAUUUACCAUGUCCUGUAGAUUUAACUGUACAAUCUCCUCUAAUUGAGUCAUACAGAAAUCAAGAUGAAUUUAGCGUCGGUCUUGGACCAGAUGGUAAUUCUAAAACUGUGGGAUUCUUUACUGGAAAUAAUUCUGAUGGUACAAAUUCUAUCUGCUUAAGCCCAGAAGAUUUGACUAUUAUUAAAGAAAGCCACAAAGAAUUUGCUAAAGAUUUUCAAAACUACGUAAACAAUUCACCUUUGGAAGCUAAUGUUAGGCAUGACGAUGGAGGAUAUUGGCGUAGUCUGAAAAUUCGCUCAAACACAGAAGAACAUUUGAUGGGAAUCAUAACCAUGCAUCCACAGCAACUGACUAAAGAAGAUUUAAUUGAAGAGGCAGAAAAACUUAGAGAAUACUUUUUAGCUCAAAAGCCGUAUUACCUUAAGUCAUUGUAUCUUCAAACAUGUGAACAGAAAAGCUCUGAUUUCAAAUUGGAUUUACUGCUGGGAGAUUCGUGUAUUGUAGAAUCAUUCAAUAAUUUGAAACUCCAGAUAUCUCCAUGCUCUUAUUUUCCCAGCAAUACCCGUUCUCUAGAAUGUGCUUACAAUAGUUUAAUGAAAGUCUGCAGAAUCAAUGAAUCCACGACUGUCUUAGAUAUAUUUUGUGGUACAGGUCCUUUAAGCUUGAUGAUGUCGCCUCGAGUUAAGCAGUGCAUUGGAAUCGACUCUUGCUUGUCAAAUAUACAAGAUGCUAAGGCAAAUGCUAUCCGUAAUGAAAUAAAGAAUGCUCAUUUCGUUGGAGGUGAUAUUGAUUUAUUAAUUAAUAAAGUUCUGAGCAAAGAUUUUUAUGAAGACCUAGUUGCUGUUAUAAAUCCUGCUCGAACUGAACUAACUAAAACAGCUAUCCAAUGCCUGAGGCAAUGCAAACAUCUGAAGAAAAUUGUCUAUAUGACCACAAUUCCUAAAUCUGCAGUUGGUAAUUAUGUCAGGUUAUGUAAACCAUCUGGAGCAAGUGGAUUGUAUGGAAAAUAUUUUGUACCACUUUUAGCUAUCCCUGUUGAUUUAUUUCCACAAACUGAUCGUUUUGGACUCAUUGUUAUGUUUCAAAGAUUAUAAAAUAGAUGCUUUUGUGAUGAUUUCUUUAAAUUCGUUUUAACAUUAUUUUAAAUCUAGGGAACUGCGUUCGCUAUUACAAAUUGAAUUUCUAAAUGUUUUCGAAUUUCUUAUUUCGACACUUUUCAAGAAAAAAGGAUUCUGUGUGUAUUUAUUUUAAUUGUACACUUAUUCUUAACUAUUAAAUAUUGCUUUUAAAAUAGAUCCUUAUAAAAACAAAUAUGUAUAAUGAUUUUUUCUAGUUCUGAAUACAAUAUUGUACUAUGGCAUAGUAUUCCAUACCCUUAUACAAUGUGUAACAACACUGAAAAUAAAAGUUCCUUUUUUACUCUUAUUUUCUCAUAAAAACUUUGUUUUACAAAAAUUUAAAGCAAUUUAAAUUUUGUCUUUAUAUUUGAAGAGCUAUGUGUAAAGAUUAGCAACAUUUUUCUGAAUUUUUUUAAAGCCAGAUUAAAAGUUUAUGCUUUGACCUUUUUUAUUGUGCAUGAGGAAAUGGAAAUUCUAGUUUACCUUUAAUUUUUAUGUGUAAGCUUUUGAAUUAGGAAAUCUAUAAAUCCUCUACUAUUAUUUUAAUUAUUGGCAUAUUAACCUUCACAUCUCAGGUUUGUAAUGUGCUUCCCAAAAAGGAGGUUUACCGAGAUUAUCUUAGACUGUUUGUUUCCAAGUACACUUGGAACUUCUUCCACUUCUAAAACACAUCUAAUGAGAUCUCUGACAUUUAAUGACUUGGCAUGAAUUUUGUAUUGUUACAUAAAAUCUUUCGCUGAGAAUUCAUACAUUUUUCAUAAAAUUCAGUCAGAAACUUCUACUGAAGCGAUUCAUUUGUUUAAACAUAUUGGCAUGUUUUUUUUAUGCAAAAUUUUUAUUUAUUUUUAUUCACAUUAAAAAGUUUAGGAUAGCAAUUCAUUGAUAAAGAAUUUUUCAAGCACUUUUCAUAAAAUAGAUAAUAAAAAACUACAUGUUUUCUUUUCUAUGUUACUUAAGACCAGUAAGUUAUUUUCAAAGAUAAUUUUUGCUGUAGUUCGUUAAAAAAAUGCACAUCUUUAUUUAUUAACUAAAAAUUAUAUCUCACUGUGGUGUUAAUAAUAAUAAAAAAAGUUCUGAUAUUGCAUGUUGUUCAAUAUGUUAUUAUUAUUUAUAUAUUAAGGAGAUAAUCCUUAAUGUGAUUGAUUUUAUGUUAGUACAAUUAAUUUUAUAAAAUGUAUUCACUUAUUUUCUUUUAUAUGGCGUAAAGAUAUCUCUUGUCUUACUUAUCUCUAAAAUUUUGAUCUUAAAGUUUUGUAUACAGUAAAAAAAAAUUCUGUUAUUAUUUUGUUUAACUGAAGUUUCAAACAUUAUAUUAAUUGUUAUCGAAUUUUAUACGCUUUUUGGGAAAAAUUUUCCUAGUGGUAGAUAAAUUUAUGUUUUUAAGUUUAAUUGGUUGUUUUAUAAAUUGUAAAGUUUUUUUCCACACCACUACAUUUAAAUGAUUAAAAAAUUCAUAAAAAACACAACUUUGUUCCAGCAUGGGGAAGAAUGUUGAUAAAAUUAAAAAAAUACUGAAAACUUUAUUUUUAAAAUACUUACCACUCCAUGAAAUAUUUUGCAAAAAGCGUAGUAGUUGAUAGCCUUGCAAUUCAAUUCAUAUUUAUAGAAUUGGAUGUAAGUAAAUUUUUGGAUAGGAUUUCUAAUAUUUUUUAUCAGAAAUCAAAUCCUUGUGUACCUUAUUCUGUAUAAAUUUGAAUGAAUUUUCAAUUCUACUACUGUCAAGAUUGAUAUUAUGUGAAUACAUAUUUAUAAAGAAAUACACAGAAGCAUGUCUCAAAUUAUUUACUGAAAAUUCAUGUGAAUUCUAUUGUUUUUGUGUAAUCCGCUUUGAUUAAUUGGUUAGAAAUGUCUUGACAUCAUCAAAAGAUAAGCUAACGAGCCUAUUUUCUGAUGGUAAUUGGAUAUAUUCAGAUAAUGGACAAAUAUUCUUAAUUAUUAGUCUUUUACUUGGAUAUAUCUAAUUAUCACCAAAUAAUAGUCUGAUAAACCUAUUUGGUGAUAUAUUUUCUGAUAAUGAAUCUAUACAGAAAAUAGCAAAUAAUUUCAAUUAUUAUUCUAUUACCGGAAUAUAUUAUCCAAUAUAUAUUAUAUAUAUACCCAAUUAUCACAAAAGAAUAGACUAAUAAGCAUGUUUUCUACUGAUAAUUUCAUGAAUUCAGGUAAUAUUCAGAAAAUAUUAUUUGUCAGAAUGUUCCUCGCUGCUUUAUUGAUUUAAUACUAGGCUGGUUCCAAGAGUCUGGUACAAAGGUGCAUCAGCCUUUAUUCAUAACUUCUGAAAAACAGACACUUUAAGAAAUAAAGUUUAUUUCUUUUCUUAAA